GUAAAAACAAAAAGCAGGCGCGCGCGUGGCCUUCUCCGCCAGAAUGUGGUACAUCGCUCUCUUGUUGGCCGUCAUCGCCACCUCGGUCACAGCACAGAAAGCAGACGACGAGCCAAUCGUCUUCCUGGUUCGAGUUCCCAUUGAUGAAAUGGACGAUGAUUCAAGUCUUCUCGAGUCAUACUAUCAUCCAAGAGAUAUAUUAUCAAAACGAGCGAUUCCAUUCAACGGCGGUAUGUACGGCAAACGAUCAACAAUGCCGUUCUCAGGUGGAAUGUACGGAAAGAGAUCCGGACAGAUUUUUGCUCAACGAAGAGCCGCUAUUCCAUUUUCUGGGGGAAUGUAUGGAAAGCGUUCGUUGGUGCCACAAAGUUAUUCGAAUAACGAAAAUCAAAUAAAACGAGGAGCAAUGCCGUUUUCUGGUGGUAUGUACGGACGAUGAUGAUUUGUGCUGCAUUUUCUGGGAAAUUUCAAUUAUUAUCUCUUUGCUCCAUCCAUUUUUUUUAAAACCAGAUCACUCUGUUUCUUUUACUCUUUUCUCUUCCACAUCCUCUAUCGAUCUCAAUCUAUCUGAUCUCAUUCCAAUUGGGGGAUUUAUGAUGACAAUGGAUUUUUUAUCCAAUAAAAAGUGCGUUAGGA